UGUUUGAAAGAGCAUGAAAUCCGAAUUUCUUGGUAUGUUCCAAUCGAGUUCAAGUUGAGACAGACUGAAGAGUGAAGAAGAAUGAGCUCUCAGCUCUUAGCACUAUGCCCUCCACCACUUCCCAUAAAAACCACCAAAACUACCACAACAACAACCCCUCUCUACCAAAGAAUCUACAUCCCUACCCAUGUUUAUAGACACCCUUCAGCCAUACUCUUAGAACUCUGCGUUUCCAUCAAAGAGCUUCAUCAAAUCAUGCCCCUCAUCAUCAAAAACGGUUUCUACACUGAGCACUUGUUUCAGACCAAGCUUGUAAGCUUGUUCUGUAAAUAUGGCAGCAUCACUGAAGCAGCUCGUGUGUUUGAACCUGUUGAGCACAAGCUUGAUGUGCUUUACCAUACUAUGCUUAAAGGGUAUGCGAAAAACUCUACUUUAGGUGAUUCCUUGUCGUUUUACCACAGGAUGCAGUGUGAUGAGGUUAGGCCAGUGGUGUAUGAUUUCACUUACUUGUUGCAAUUGUGUGGUGAGAAUUUGAACCUCAAAAGGGGUAUGGAGAUUCACGGGCAGUUAGUGACAAAUGGGUUUGAGUCCAAUUUGUUUGCCAUGACUGCUGUUAUGAAUUUGUAUGCAAAGUGUAGGCAGAUUGAUGAGGCGUAUAAGAUGUUCGAGAGAAUGCCGCUGAGGGAUUUGGUUUCUUGGAAUACUUUGGUUGCAGGGUAUGCGCAGAACGGCUUUGCUAGGCGAGCUGUGAAGUUGGUUUCGGAGAUGCAGGAAGCUGGCCAAAAGCCUGAUUUCAUCACAUUGGUCAGUAUUUUGCCAGCCGUGGCAGAUAUAAAGGCUUUGAGAAUUGGAAGCUCUAUUCAUGGUUAUGCUAUCAGAUCAGGAUUUGAAUCUAUGGUUAAUGUUUCGACAGCACUUCAGGAUAUGUACUUCAAGUGUGGGUCAGUAAGGGCAGCAAAGUUGAUUUUUAAGGGGAUGAGCAGCAAGAGUGUUGUUUCGUGGAAUACCAUGAUCGAUGGUUGUGCACAAAAAGGUGAAUCUGAAGAAGCGUAUGCAACUUUUCUGAAGAUGUUGGAUGAAGGGGUGGAACCUACAAAUGUUAGUAUGAUGGGAGCUUUACAUGCUUGUGCUGAUUUAGGUGAUCUCGAACGUGGGAGAUUUGUUCAUAAAUUAUUGGAUCAGUGGAAACUUGGUUCCGAUGUGUCAGUUAUGAACUCUUUAAUAUCUAUGUAUUCGAAGUGUAAGAGAGUUGACAUUGCAGCCUCAGUAUUUGAUAAUUUGAAAGGGAAGACAAACGUCACCUGGAAUGCCAUGAUAUUAGGUUAUGCACAAAAUGGGUGUAUAAAUGAAGCUUUGAAUCUAUUCUGUACGAUGCAAUCUCAGGACAUUAAACCUGAUUCCUUUACAUUAGUGAGUGUAAUUACUGCUCUUGCAGAUUUAUCAGUUACCCGCCUGGCUAAGUGGAUUCACGGACUUGCGAUAAGAACUUAUAUGGACAAGAAUGUCUUUGUUGCUACUGCUCUUGUUGACAUGUUUGCAAAAUGCGGAGCCAUCGAAACUGCAAGAAAGCUUUUUGACAUGAUGCAAGAGCGACAUGUCAUAACAUGGAAUGCAAUGAUAGAUGGAUAUGGGACACAUGGCCUUGGAAGAGCAGCUCUUGAUCUCUUCAAUGAUAUGCAGAAUGAAGAAGCUAUUAAGCCAAAUGAAAUAACAUUUCUAUCUGUUAUUUCAGCUUGUAGUCACUCAGGUCUUGUGGAAGAGGGCCUCUUCUACUUCGAAAGCAUGAAGGAAAGUUAUGGCUUGGAGCCUUCAAUGGAUCACUAUGGUGCCAUGGUUGAUCUCCUUGGUCGUGCUGGAAGACUAGACGAUGCUUGGAAUUUCAUCCAGGAGAUGCCUAUCAAACCAGGGAUUACUGUUUUAGGUGCAAUGCUUGGUGCUUGCAAAGUGCAUAAAAAAGUAGAAUUAGGAGAGAAGGCUGCAGACAAACUAUUUGAGAUGGACCCAGAUGAUGGUGGGUAUCAUGUGUUGCUUGCAAACAUGUAUGCCAUUGCUUCAAUGUGGGACAAAGUAGCCAAGGUGAGAACUGCCAUGGAAAAGAAGGGGCUCCAGAAAACUCCAGGUUGCAGUUUGGUAGAGUUGAGAAAUGAAGUUCACACAUUCUACUCAGGAAGUAUAAAUCAUCCUCAAUCCAAAAGAAUCUAUGCUUUCCUAGAGACUCUUGGGGAUAAGAUCAAGGCUGCUGGUUAUGUCCCUGACAACAAUUCAAUUCAUGAUGUGGAAGAAGAUGUGAAGGAACAAUUAGUCAGUAGCCAUAGUGAGAGGCUUGCUAUUGCAUUUGGACUUCUGAAUACAACCCCUGGUACACCAAUACACAUUAGGAAGAAUCUGAGAGUUUGUGGUGAUUGCCAUGAUGCCACUAAGUACAUUUCCCUUGUGACUAGGAGGGAAAUUAUUGUGCGUGAUUUACGUAGGUUCCAUCAUUUCAAGAAUGGAAGAUGUUCGUGCGGCGAUUACUGGUAAAUCGAUAGAUACCUUAGUAGUCACUAUCACUGAAUCAUGAUUCCUCCUACUGAGGGCCUGGGAUUUAAGAGUAACUUGUGGCAUCUCAAAGGAUGGGCUUGUUGAAGUUUGCGUUCCAAGAAAGUGCAUUAUUUGGAUCAACAACCAACAACCAUUUUAAAUUUUAAUGCCCUGUUUUAUCAGUGGCCUGUAACUAUAUUAUUCAGUUGUAUAAUGUUUUAGGAAAUAUGCAAUUCGAUCCUGAAAGAUGUUCGUUAUAAUAUUGCUUUGGUUAAUAAAAUUAUGAAAGUAUGUGUAUGCAUAUUGGUUCGCUAA